AUGGGCUCUGGCAAAGCCCCUCGGAUGGUUUUGAUCGGUCCUCCAGGUGCUGGCAAAGGUACCCAAGCCCCUAACAUUUCUCAGAAAUACUGCAUCUGUCAUCUUGCCACGGGUGAUAUGCUUCGGAACCAAGUAGCCAAGCAAACGGAAUUAGGAAAAGCGGCUAAGAAGAUCAUGGACAAAGGAGAAUUAGUUAGCGAUGAGAUUAUGGUGGGUAUGAUUCAACAGGAGUUGAAUACCAAUACCGAGUGCAAGAAUGGGUUCAUCCUUGACGGCUUCCCCAGGACAGUUCCUCAAGCAAGCAAGCUAGAUGCUAUGCUGGCGGAGAACCAACAAGCCAUAGAUCACGCGGUGGAGCUUCGUAUACCCGACGCGUUACUCAUUUCCCGUAUCACUGGUAGACUGAUACAUCCUGCAUCAGGACGGUCGUACCACCGAGAAUUUAACCCGCCAAAGAAAUCCAUGACAGACGACGUCACCGGAGAACCUUUGAUCCAACGAUCCGACGACAACGCUCAAACUCUUCAAAAGCGUUUGGCGACCUAUCAUUCUCAGACGGGUCCAGUCGUAGAGUACUAUAAGAAAACUGGAGUGUGGACCCCUGUAGACGCUGCCCAGAGUCCCAAGUUGGUCUGGGCGAGUAUCAGCGCGAUCUUGGAAGGGAAAGCCAAGCCUGCUACUGCUUGA